AUCUGCUCGUAUGUGGUGCACAAGCGGUGCCACGAGUUUGUCGCCUUCAAGUGUCCGGGCCUGGAGAAGAAGGAUGCUUCUUCUAGUGCCAACCAACAUGGCCGGGCCGGUGACCCGCGGACGAAGCACAACUUUGCCCUGCACACCUUCACCUCGCCCACCUUCUGUGAUCACUGCGGCUCGCUGCUGUACGGCCUGCUGCACCAGGGCUUCAAGUGCAAGGCCUGCGACAUGAACGUCCACAAGAAGUGCCAGGAGAUGGUUCCCAACCUCUGCGGCUGUGAUCACACCGAACGCCGUGGGCGGAUCGAGCUGAGCAUCCGCGCCAACGAGGAAGCGACCCGCCUCAUCUGCAACAUCCGCCAGGCGAAGAACCUCAUUCCCAUGGACCCGAACGGCCUCUCUGACCCCUAUGUGAAGUGCAAACUAGUGCCGGAGUACAGCGGCGAGCAGGGAAAGCGGAAGACCCGAACCAUCAAGGCCUGCCUCAACCCCGAGUGGAACGAGACGCUCGCCUUUGACCUGAAGCCGGACGACAAGGACCGCCGCCUGCUGGUGGAGAUCUGGGACUGGGACCGGACGAGUCGCAAUGACUUUAUGGGCUCUCUGAGUUUCGGCGUCUCCGAGCUGCUGAAAUGUCCGGCGGAAGGCUGGUACAAGCUUCUGGACCAGGACGAGGGCGAGUACUACAAUGCAAAGGUGCCGGCCCCCGGUGAGGACGUCGAUAUUUUGCUGGACAUGCGCCUGAAUUUGAGCACGAUGAUGAGCCCCAGUUCCAGCUCUUCAGCCAUUCCCCACAACAUGGGCAAGCAGGACGUGAUUAGGGCCACUGACUUCAACUACAUCAUGGUCCUGGGGAAGGGCUCCUUCGGGAAGGUGAUGCUCGCCGAGCGGAAGGGAACUGAUGAACUGUACGCCGUGAAGAUCCUCAAGAAGGACAUCAUCAUCCAGGACGAUGACGUCGAAUGUGCCAUGGUCGAGAAGAGGGUCCUCGCUUUGGCGGAAAAACCCCCCUUUCUAGUUCAACUCCAUUCCUGUUUUCAGACGAUGGACCGCCUCUAUUUUGUAAUGGAGUACGUCAACGGCGGCGACCUGAUGUUCCAGAUUCAGCAGUUUGGCAAGUUCAAGGAGCCGAUUGCCGUUUUUUACGCAGCGGAAAUUGCCAUCGGCCUCUUCUUUCUUCAUUCGAGGGGCAUUAUUUAUCGAGACCUGAAGUUGGAUAAUGUGUUGUUGGACGAGGACGGCCACAUUAAAAUUGCCGACUUUGGCAUGUGCAAGGAGGGAAUUUUUGGCGGAAAAACUACUAAAACCUUCUGUGGCACUCCGGACUACAUUGCUCCGGAGAUUAUUCAGUACCAGCACUACGGGAAAUCGGUGGACUGGUGGGCCUACGGCGUCCUCCUCUACGAGAUGCUCGUCGGCCAGCCGCCCUUUGAUGGCGAGGACGAGGAGGAACUGUUUGCCGCCAUCACCGACCACAAUGUUUCCUACCCGAAAUCGCUCUCCAAGGAGGCAAAGGACAUCUGCAAAGGCCUUCUAGUCAAGGACCCAAAAAAGCGGCUCGGUUGCUCAGAGGCGACCGGGGAGGAAGAUGUUCGGUCGCAUCCCUUCUUCAGGCGCAUCGACUGGGAUAAGAUUGCCAAGCGAGACGUCCAGCCGCCCUUCAAGCCGAAGAUUAAGCACCGCAAAGACGUGUCCAACUUUGAUAAGCAGUUUACCUCGGAGAAGACCGAUCUGACGCCCACUGAUAAGCUUUUCAUGAUGAACCUCGACCAGAGCGAGUUCUUCGGCUUCAGCUUUCUCAAUCCGGAGUUUAUACAGCACGUUUGA